UUUCCCAUCCUGAGCUGCAUUGCACUCGAUUAUUUACUGGUACAAGGUUCCUCAGUGCCAUGCGAACAAGCAUUUUUGGAUGCAGGACUUACAAACACAAAACAGCACGCAAGAUUGCUUCCUAAGAACUUUGGCGACAUUCAGACGGUGAAAGGCAAAUACAAACAGGAACAAAGGCACAGAGACACAGAGAGAGCUGACAAGGAGGCUGUAGAGAGGAGAUGA